CUUGUUACUAACGUUAAAACGAUCCAUUUUUGAACGCAAAAUAGAUCACCAGGACAGCGAGGAAACUAGGUCUAAAAAGGAUAAAGUUUUCACUUCAAGCUUCGGCACAGAGAGGUAGAGAGAGAGAGUAAGGUUAAAAGCUCGAUCUUUCGACUCCUCUCAUCAUCAAUGGGUCCGUGGGAAGCUUUUCUCAAUUGGCUUCGAAGCCUUUUUUUCAAGCAGGAAAUGGAGCUUUCUCUGAUAGGGCUUCAAAAUGCUGGAAAAUCGUCACUUGUAAAUGUUGUUGCAACUGGUGGAUAUAGCGAAGACAUGAUCCCCACGGUAGGAUUUAAUAUGAGGAAGGUAACUAAAGGGAAUGUCACAAUAAAGUUAUGGGAUCUUGGAGGUCAACCCCGAUUCCGUAGUAUGUGGGAGAGAUAUUGCCGUGCAGUUUCUGCUAUUGUUUAUGUUGUUGACGCAGCAGAUUAUGAUAACAUCAGCAUCUCAAAAAGUGAACUUCAUGAUUUGCUGAGUAAAUCAUCAUUGAGCGGUAUUCCUUUGCUAGUUUUGGGCAACAAGAUUGACAAGCCAGGAGCCCUGACUCAGCAGUCCUUGACUGAUCAGAUGGGCCUCAAAUCUAUUGCUGAUAGAGAGGUGUGCUGCUUUAUGAUCUCGUGCAAGAACUCAACCAACAUUGAUUCAGUCAUUGAUUGGCUUGUUAAGCAUUCCAAAUCAGCAAGCUGAGAAAAAAAUGUUCCUUUAUUGUAUUUUGGAUUUGUAUUUGCCCAAAAUUUAUGAGAAAAUGGAGUGUUGGGUUUUUGGUGAGCGGUCUUAACUGCGUAGUUGAUUGUCUUACCCAUGUCUUUGUUCUUUUUGUUGCUGUGUUGUACAUUAAAUUAAUAUUUCCUGUUAACAGAAGGCAUCUAUGUACACAUUUGUGAA